CGCCUCGCCCUUCAACUCCCAUCAGUCGUUGAGCUCCACAUAUCAGCCAUGGUGGUAGAAAAAUGGCGUAUUUGGGGAGAUUUCUGCUGCCGAUUAGGGUUUCUUUCUCCUCCCUGUCUCCUCGAAAUUCAACUCUCUCUCCUUGCAGAAAUCCUCUUACAGGGAAAUAUGCCCAGUUAAAGACAUGGAUGAGGGCCCUUGAACCUGCAGUACAAACCCAUGUAUCAAAAUGCCAGUUGAAUCUAAAUAUGCAAAGAAAGUGGAUAAAUAAUCUGAGCUCCUCAGGCAAAAAGAUGGGUGCAGGAAGUAUAGUUGGAUUAUCAGUUUUGAUUGGAUCGACAGAACUUUACCCAACUAUUGCUUACGCCAUGGAUGAAAAUGAGAUUUUAGCAGAAGAGCAUCGCGCAGAUUUUUGGGAUGCUUCAGGCUGCUUGGAAGACGAGGAUCCACACACCUUCUGGCCAUGGGCGAGGAAAUGCUGGUUGCCUGCUUUACUGGUUCUGACAGUGGUGAUGGGUUGGGAACAUCCUCUUACUCUGGCCAUUAAAGUAGCCCUUUUUCUCUUCAGCACAAAACCCAGCCCCCUCUCAGUUUAUCUUUUUAUUGAGCAGGUACUGGUUGCAGACGAUACGUCAAACCAUGGAUCCUUGGAUCAAGGAUCGGACGAAGAAAUUGCUAUUUAUCUGCUGAAUUUUUUGUCACUUCCGAUGAGCAUACGUGUGUGUUCCAUACUGCGCCAUCGAUCGAUGCGUCAGGACCCAGGACUGUACAAAUUAAAGGCAUUCUAUGCAAAGAAAGUCGAAGUUGAAGACUACAAGCUUCUAUGCUUAGCCAGAGUGGAAUUAAGAGACAAGAAGAUCACUUUGAUGGGGAUUCUGGGGAGCUGGUGGGUUCUUCAGUCAUCACCGAGUCCCAGUCCUGGAGUCAUCUCUUUCUUUGGGCAGUGAGAUCUUAAGAACAGACGAGAAAUCAAGGCAACUGAUCUGUAAUGUUCUUCUUCUUAUUCUUUUGGAAAAUUAGCAACCAACCCAACAGGGUAAUUUUCAUGUUCGGUCACAGAAUUGUAAAUGCAGAGGAAGCUCCCAUAGGUUUAUACCCUGAGACUGAAAACCCCAGCAUACCAUAGAAUCUAUUGACCUGAGCUUUUGUCUCAGUUGCACAAACCUUACC